AUGGCCGCUGCCAUCGAGCUGGAGCGGCUCCUGGCCGCCGUGGAGCUGAGGUGCUCCUUGUGCCUGCAGUUCUUCUGGGAGCCGGUGCGGAUCGCGGGCUGCGGCCACAGCUUCUGCCGGCGCUGCAUCAGCCGCUACGGCGCGGGCCGGCCCGAGACCCCCUGCCCGCUCUGCAGGGAGCGCUUCGAGCUCCGCCACCUGCGGCCCAACCGCGAGCUGGCCGCGCUGCUCCGCCUCAUCCCGCCCCAGCUCAGGGACGCGCUGGAAACCCGGGAUGAACCCUCUGGAGCUGCUGACUGCGGCGACCGGAGACGGGAGAAGGAGGAAGAGAUAUGGGAAAGCUCCAAGCAACCAGAAAUAUCUGCAGAGACCAUCCCCCUGUUGAGGAGAGACCUCGAUAAAACCAAGGAAUACACCUCUCAGAUCAAAAGCCAGAUUACUCGAGAUUUCUGCUGCAUGAAGGAAUAUGUUGAGAGACAAGAGAGAAACACACUGAUGUUCAUUGAACAAGAGCAAAAAGCUGCUCAGCAGAAGAUUGAAGAGACCAUUCAGCAGCUCACAGACAGCAGAGCCCCAACUAGUAACUUACCUUGCAUUGGUUCACUUUCAAUAAUGAAUAAAAUUACACUUGACAAGAAGCUUCAUGUUGUCAAAAGUGCUGUAGAAGAUCUUAAGAGAAAGUUGGAAGUGUUACUUUUGGAGAAAUACCCUCAGCAAUUCCCACCAGUGCAACCUCCAGACUCGCAUCAGGAGACGAGUGUCUGCUCCUCACCUCCGGAGCCUGCAGCUGAAAUUCCACACCCGGGCAUUCCAAGUCAGUUUUCUCAGUGGGCAGAGGACGUGACCUUUGACCGCACGAGAGCUCACGAGUACUUGGCCCUCAGAGCCCAGAACAGGAGAGUGGUGGUUUCCAGCCACCCCACCUGCUAUGAACCAUCUCUCAGGAGGUUCUGCAUCAGCCAAGUGAUGUGUUCCCAGAGCUUCUCCACUGGGUGCCACUACUGGGAGGUGAUUACCGAGGGCAGCGAUGGAUGGGCCGUUGGAGUCGCUCAUGAAACGAUCGGGAAGAGGGACAAAUUGGGAAGAACGGAGCAUUCCUGGUGUGUGGAAUGGCUGGGUUCCAAAAAGCAGCUCUCAGCCUGGCACAAAAAUCAAGAAACGUUGCUACACAAGGAUAAACCGCUGAAGGUUGGGGUUUUCCUGGAGCUCCAAAAGCAGACGGUGUCGUUUUACUCUGUCACUGACACAGAAAUGCUCUUGCACACCUUUGACCUCAGCACCUCCCACCCUCUCUAUCCCGCCUUCUGGCUGUUCAACCUGGAAAAAAACGGAUCUUUAACUCUAACUCACCCAAACAGGAGAUAAAGCUCAGAAAAGGGACCGUUUUGCCAAUGACUUCUAUCCAAGCUUCAUUGUUUAGCACAGGAAUUUACCAAGGAGUGCAUUUCCUGGGAGUCAACAACUGGCUUUUGCCUGCUCUGCCUCUCUCCAUGCUGUGCUCUGGUCUAGCCGUGCUUCAGUAAAACAAUUCCAGUGUCUGCUGAAGGCAGGAACCAUCCCUGUGGGGAUCAGGUGGAUUUCUUAAGCAGCUUUAAGUGGUCCCAGGAUAUUCCUGGGAAGGAAUGCACCAAGGGAGCUCUAAGGCUGGGGAUAAGCCUUGCUCAUGGACCUCAUUUUUCCUACACUGAUCUAAAAAAAUACAAAGCAGAGGAUGCCAUUACUUUCUGUCAAGUGAGAUUUCUUUGGAAAGAUCUGAGUGAGUAAGGAAUGCUCAGAGGGCAAGAAUGUUACUGAUCUCAGGCAUGAAAAUCCAUUUCUUUAGAUACUAAACUACAGGAAAUAGGCUUUGUAUUUCAGGACGUGACACUUUGGGUCCCAGAAGAUCAUCUCCAUGGCACUGUAUUUUAGUCUUGCCCACACCAAAGGGUAUUUUUCAGUCCUGGUGGUGGUGUGACCACGGGAAUGGUUGUGGAAGCAGAUGCUCAGAGGUGUUUAUGCCAGCUAAUAAAUCCAUGGCUUUUAAAGUGACAGAACUGCUGGUCCUCUUGAGGGUUACUCUGUGCUGUCACUGAACACUCUGAGAGCACUUUGGGCAAAAUGCACAUUGGUAAGAUCCCAAAGGCAGGUACAUCAGCUCUUCCAAGGCUGGGGCAGCUCUCCCAGUGUGGCUAAUGCUGCUGCCCUGUUUGGAUUGAGAUGUCCUCUCCUGCUCCACCUGGAAAAGCAGCACUGGCCUGAACUCACUGGGCAUCUCUAAUUUCCCACAUACAAGUUGUGCUGCGCUGCCCGGGGGCAGCAAUUUGUUUGGAUCCCAACAACACACGUAAUAACACACAGAACGACACACAGGGACCCUCAUCUCUCUGAGGGCACCGAGCCAGGGCAGCGCUGCUUUAUCACACUUCUUUAUCCCUGUAUUCUGUGGUAUGAUGGCCCACGGCCUCUGGGGUUUGUCUGGUUGUUGUUUUUUGGUUUUGUUUUGUUUUUUUUAAAGGAUAUGUUUUUACCCUGCCUGAGGUGUCACAGCUCAGAGAACAACCUGUCAUCCGCAGGAAAUCUCUUUAGAAAAUUACAAGCGAGCCCAGCUAUUCGCUGGGCUGUUUUACUGAACAUACACCGCACCAAGAGCAUCUUACCAGACAGACACUUGUC